CUAUUGCUUGUUUGGCAUCUAUCUUUGACGUCACAAACAGAACUCUAAAGCUGCUUGUCACAGAAACGGACAACACCACAGAAAGGUCACCCAUGUCUUAUCGACACGGAUCAGGCCGAGAUAGCUUGUCGAAGUUCUUCCCAGACGAGGAUCUUGACGACGAAUCGCACUACGCCGGUAAGUCGCACCGUGAUGAUGAACUGCGCUACAAUGAGCGAUAUGCCCAGCCAAACGGCUCGCACUAUGCGCAAAGCGGCUCCCGCUACGCGACAAGCCACUACUCGGGUAGCUACGAAAGAGGCCGCCAAGAACCUGAAAGGGAUGGUCAUGAAUCGAACAGAAGUCUCCACGAGUCAGAGAGAAGCCGCCAUAAAUCAGAAAGAAAUUAUAAUGCCACCUCUGCGCAAAAUCACUACGAUGUUGACGGAAACCAUUACGCGAGAGACGCGUCACCCGAGAGAGCUACCCGCCACCAGACACACCGCAAAGAGCUCUUCGUGCCCAACUCGGCCAAGUUUAUGCCCACAGGUCCCAAGUCGCUGCAACCGGUAAAGCAGCCCCUCCCGUGCCUCACCUAUGAGUAUCCCAACUGUACGGAACACCACCACUACCUCCCGGUGUUGGAGGAGCGACUCCGCCAGCCGCUCGAACCCACGAGCAAAAAGGGCUUCCGCGUUGCCUAUGACCCGUUGCUAGAUAAGGCGUUGAAGGACAAGAAGGGCACGCGGAUAGUGUACCGCGUAUGUGGGGAGUCGGCGAAGCCACCGGUGGAUCCACGUAAGCGCGAGUCCACGAAACAUGCCCUGAAGUAUCGCAGGCGGCCAUAUAUCAGCCUCCAGAAGUUGCACACACCGCGCUUCCAGUACGACGAGCACUCUGUGGGGCCCCCGCCGCCGAUCGAGGUGAUUGUCUGGGGGUUUUCGCUCUCCACCACGCCGAUUCAGAUUCGGCAUCAGUUCACGCCAUUCGGCGAGGUCAAGGAGUGCGAGAUCUUGGCCCACCCGCGCACCGCCGCACCCAUGAACAUCUGUCGCGUCAGAUUUGCAGGCUCUAUCGAUAAGGCCGCGAACGCCGCGCGUAAGGCGUGCAAAGCGCACCCGAAGGGGCUUCUGGUGAACGGGCAGGUUGCACGAAUCGGCUUGAAUGACAGUCAGGGUCGCUUAUUGCAGGCUCGGUUAGACAAGCUGCGCCGGGAGGAGGAGGCUCAGGUAAAGCGAGACGAGGCGAAGCAAAAAGAGCGACAGAAGGCAAGAGAGUUGGAGAGACAGAGGGAGCAGGAGAGGGAGGAGAGGGAAAAGGAGAGGGGAAAGGAGCGGGAAAAGGAGCGGGAAGCGGAGAGAGAAACUAAGAGAGAGGGUGCCCCGGCUCUUGAGCUGGCCCCCUCCUUCCUCUCAGACAUCCUCAAAGUGGAAAAACAGCAAGAGUCGAUGGACGCAAAGUUUGCCAAGGUCGUCUCCAACAGCGUUCUCACGUCAAAGGGCCGCCACGCCGAGAUUAAGCCCGGGGUGCCGUUACUGGACAGCAUCGCGGCGUAUAUCAAGGGGCGGCCAUUUAUUAAGGUGCGGCGGGACGACUUUCCCAUCGCAGAUUUUGUUGACCGCUACUGGAAGGGCAUAACAGCGGCAGAUUUGCGCGCGACCGCGUCACGCGAGAGCUAUCAGCGUGAUCUUGACCGUGACGUCGCGCACCUCGACCGCUACGCGGAGCUGAAGGACGCCGCGCGCAAGUACCUCAAAAAACAGCUUUCGCACGUGGUCAAGAGGAGCUUAGCCACGUACGACUGGGCGCGCAUCAUGCUCGAGGAGGACGGCAUCUACGUGGUGUUCCACGACUUCUACGAGGCACGGCGGUGCUACGAGCACGAGGACGGGCGGCGCAUUGCAGACCUUGACACGUUGGCUCCGUCUGAGGUGAAUUUGGUCCGCGCGGCUGGCGUGCGCUUUAGUGGCUACCGCUUGUAUAUGGACUUCUGUCUCCCGCCCGGUUUCAGCAGCGUGCGAGGCGAUAUCGUGGCGCUUGCGACAGACCCGAUGCUCAAAGAGUUAGGCAACUUCUUGAAGCGCGACAUUAGGGAGAAGCUCAUCGGGCCAGCCGUUCUCGCGGCGUUGGACAUUUCCAACUUUCCGGAGCAUGCGGAUGUGCUAAAGCCGGAGCCAAGGGUUCCAGCCGAGAUCUACGGGAUUGUCAAGAUGGAGGGCCCAACGCUCCCGCUUUUACCAAAGAUCAAAAAGAAGGACGGGUUCCCGGUGAGACUUUCAAGGCAUGCGAUUCAGAAGCGCGUGGUUCCGAUGCACCACGUGCUAAACUUUGACAGCUCGGAUGAGGAGACCGAGCUCGACUCCGAGAAGCACACCCCGGCGUUGUCUCCAAAGGGACCCCUGAAGAAGCGCCAGCGCAUCAAGGGCUACGAGUCGGAGGAAGAUGAAGAAAUGGAGGAGAGGGAAGAAAUCGAGGAGGAGGAGGAAGUCAUCGACGUGGAGAAGGCUGAGAGGGAGGUGACCCCUGACCUCGGGUCCAAAUUCAUGUCCGAUAGCUCAGACGUGGAGUAUCAUACAGGCGAUCAGAGAUACCACCCCGCUACCGGCGGCUCGCGGCCAGUAUUUGAAGACGAUCUCAGUGUGCCGUUGGACUUGGACGGCCUCCAAGACACGCUUAAGGACGAUGAAGACCUUGUGUUGUUGAAGAAGGUGUUUAGUGAUAUCAAACCGGAACCCAUCGCCAACUUGGACUACUGGGCGUGGCGUGAGAAACAGCGGAAGCUGGAGGCGGAAAGCGCGUUGGACGCGCGGUUCGACAGUGCUGCCGGCUCAUGGCGCUGUGAAGGUUACCGCAAGGUUCCGGACGCGGACAAGGCUGAGUACUUGCCACACCGCCGCAAGAUCCACCAGCCGCUCGACACCAUCCAGCACGAAGAUGACGAUUCGAAGCGCGGCGGCAUCCAAAGCUCGCGUGUGAACCGCGCCAACAACCGGCGCUGGGCCGCGGACGUGUCGUCACUCGGAACUGAGAGCGACAUUUUGAGCUUGAAUGCUUUGACCAAGCGGAAAAAGCCAGUUUCCUUCGCCAGAUCGGCCAUUCACAACUGGGGCUUGUACGCGUUGGAGCCAAUUGCCGCAAAAGAGAUGAUCAUCGAGUACGUCGGGGAGAGCCUCAGACAACAGGUGGCGGAAAACAGAGAAAAAAAGUAUUUAAAGUCGGGGAUCGGCUCGAGUUACCUCUUCCGGAUUGACGAAAACACUGUCAUUGAUGCCACCAAGAAGGGGGGUAUCGCCAGAUUCAUCAAUCACUGCUGCGUGCCCAGCUGCACCGCCAAGAUCAUCAAGGUGGGUGGGAUGAAGCGGAUCGUCAUCUAUGCCUUGAAGGAUAUUGCCACCAACGAGGAAUUGACAUAUGAUUACAAGUUCGAACGAGAGACCAAUGAUGACGAGCGCAUUCCGUGUUUGUGUGGCGCUGAAGGGUGCAAGGGGUAUUUGAAUUAGAGUCAAUGCAUGGUUUAUUGUUUUAGUGGGU